AUGCUCAGGAAACAGGCGCGUGAACGUAGAGAGUACCUGUAUCGCAAGGCACAGGAGUUACAAGACUCUCAGUUGCAACAGAAGAGACAGCUCAUAAAGCAUGCACUUGCGCAAGGUAAGCCCCUGCCCAAGGACGUGGCGGAGGAUGAGCAACUGCAAAAAGACUUUCAGUACGACCAGACGAUUCAGGAGACCAUAGAUGACGAAUAUAGCGCGACUAGUGGGCUAGCAGAGCCCAAAGUGAUUGUCACGACAUCCAGAGAUCCCAGCACAAGGCUCUCACAGUUUGCCAAGGAAAUAAGGCUACUCUUCCCAUCCGCGGUGCGUUUGAACAGAGGUAACUACAUCAUGCCCAACCUAGUGGACGCAUGCAAAAAGUCCGGCACAUCAGACCUUGUUGUUCUCCACGAACACAGAGGUGUCCCCACAUCGUUAACAAUAUCACAUUUCCCUCACGGGCCAACGGCUUACUUCACACUGCACAAUGUCGUGCUGAGACACGAUAUUUUGAAUGCGGGAAACCAGAGCGAGGUGAACCCGCACUUAAUCUUCGACAACUUCACAACGCCGCUGGGUCAGAGGGUAGUAACCAUUCUCAAGCACAUUUUCCCACCGGGACCCAAGAAGGACUCGCCGCGUGUCAUAACAUUUGCAAACCGUGGUGACUUUAUCAGCGUGAGACAACACGUUUACGUAAGGACCAGGGAAGGCGUGGAGUUGGCAGAGGUUGGGCCAAGAUUCGAGAUGAGGCUGUUCGAGCUAAGACUGGGCACGCUGGACAACAAAGAAGCUGACGUGGAGUGGCAACUAAGGAGAUUUGUUAGAACCGCGAGUCGGAAGGACUAUUUAUAA